UGCAGAGUGUUCCACAUUAUUUAUUUUUGACAAUUUGGUUGAAAGAAACUCAAAUUUCUAAUGGAAACUUAGAAAAUGGGUCAAAUUUGACAACAGGAGGGUUAAGAUAGUGUACUCAUAUAUGUGCCCAUAGGUCAUCUGUGAGUAAGCAGUAACUAAGAAAUCUCAAACGAUGCUUUUUUUUAUAAUUUUGUAUAGUUUGACGCCUUGUAUCGUUUUAGCUCACCAUUUGCUUACCUGAGCAGAAGUAUAUCUUCGAGUUAAGCCGAGAAGGUAAAAGGCCAAUCUGUCUGUAUAGGAAAGAGUCUUUUUGCAGUUGUAUUUGUUGUUCUUUUUCUCUUUUCUUUAGCAUACGUUUCUUUUGUUAUUUGUCUGGUUUUGAAUUUCACAGUGUUAAUUUUUGCCUCUGUUUCAUUGAUAUUUUUUGUUACUAAACAACACUUUUUUUUUUGCACUGACUCCUGCCUGCCCGUCUGCUUCUUCAAAGUCUCCUUUGAAGUUUUUCAAUGCCACAAAACAUCUGUUAUCUUUAAUGUGGGGUGAACACUACAAAGCAUUUGACAUUUACAUAAAUUAGCAAGAGGGUAACUAAACAUGUUGAUUGGACCACUUAUCAUCAUUCCUACCCCCAUGUAAUAUCAACCAAAUCAAACCAGUGACAUAGAGUCAGAAAAGAUAGUUGGAGGGUUAAACUGGACUGAACCGGGCUGACAUGAAAGGAUAUUGUUGAGCGUGGUUAGCGUCAUGUCUACGCACAGGAAGUACUGCGUUAGGGGGAUCUAAGAAGGAAUGACUCAAUCAUAACAUCAAUAUGUCGUCACAUAAAUACGUGAUAAACAGCUGACAUAUAUUAAGAGUGUUGCUCGGUUUAGCCUGAAAUUAUGUAAAGAUGACAUGAUUGUUUAUUUUUGGCCUUGGAUCCAAACAAAAAAUAAUUUCUUUAACAAAAUACAAAUUCAUUGUUGUGUGUUGAAUAAAUGUCAGUGAUAAAAUGACCUAUACGUCCUCUGUACAAACCAACUAAAAUCAUUUCCUAAAGUUGUGGACGAUCAUUUGACCAGAGAAACCAAUUGAUUUUUUUCUCUUUCAGUUAUUUGCAGAAUGUAAUUGAAUGUUAUCACACUGAAAAGUUAAUCAGGAUGCAAAAACACACAUUUUCAUAAAAUGAGCAAACCUUCAUGACAGUCGUGUUAAAUUAAAAUCAUCUCCAUCAGCCAUUUUCAGCAUUUCCUUAAGUGGAAGUGACAAAAAGCACCGCGCAAGGAGGUGACCUGUCAAAGGAACCCAAUCUUGGUUGGUUACACUUUUUUCAUCAAAGGAUAUGACUUAGAUAGAGGGGAAGUUUAUCUUCAAAACAACUUUCAAAUGCCUCCUUGAAGAGGUUUGCAACUAUAAAACCGAUCUUGUGUGAUUGUUAUUGCAUUACUAAUCAUCAGUUCAUGUCAUAUUUGAAAACUUGACUGGACUCAGAAUGAAAUACAGAGCAGGUUCUGUGACGGUGCUGUGUGCCUGGAUGGUGAUUACAAUGCAAAGCUUGGAUGCAGGACAUGCGGCAAAGAAACAUGCUGCUGCUGUUUCAUGCAGACCGAAAGAGCUGACAGCCCUGACCAAAAGUGUAGUUCAAGAGAGCUUGACAGGUUUUGAGAAAGCCAAUGGGGGGCACCUUGGCACUUGGCCCCCUGGCUUCCCUGAGCUCCGGGAGCACCAUGUCCAGGGGUCAAAAGUUCAGUGCAGCCUCCUCUUCAUGUCUCAAGGUCUGGAGAAAGUCCUGAACGACCAGAGGAACAACCUGAAUCCCAAAGAUGUUUCCCUUCAUGAGAAGCUCAAGGAAGCCAUCUCCAGUGUCCACAGGCUCGCAGAGUGCGCAAAGAAUAUUCUCAUAGGGGAAUGCUCCCCGAAGCCACCUCCACCCAAUAUGCCCAGGCACGCGUUUGAGAGGAAGCAGUGGAGUCACACUCUGUUGAAGACAGCCAGGGACUAUCUGAACUGGCUGGAGAGUAAGUUUCCGGUCCAGAAAAAUAAGAUAAAACGUAAAGCCACUGAGGCAACACAUCAGAAGUACUUGGAGGGGAGUGGAUACCUCUUGUAAUCAAGAGCAAGUUUGUGAUGCAGAUUACAGUUUAUGGCAGCUUUUCUUUAAUGGUGAAAGAUUUUACCAAGAUAUUUUUAAUGCUUAUUAUAGUUAUUAGUAAUGUAUACAGCAUGUUGACAUGCAUUUGGGACAUUUGAAAAUUGUGUUCCACUUUUCACACUUUUGUUUGAAUAAAUGGAUGAAUUUGAUGCAAUUUUCCACAUGGCAUUAAGUAGAUGAAAAACCGAUGAAAUCACGAUUUUAGCAAUUUUAUUUAACUGUUUAUAGAAGUUGUAUGCCAUUUUGGAAAGUAGGCAUAUUUGCUUUUUUGCUGAGAGAUAAGAUCAAUCUGCUCAUCAAACUCAGCAAGGUAGCAACAUUUUAGUAUACAUCCCAAAAUGUCAAAAUAUUCCUCCGAAAGCUAUAUCCGAAUUGGCUGUUCAAAUAAACCUGCUAGUUUUCAGUAACUGACAUCGUUCCCAUGUGACUGCAAUUAAUCAACUUGCCAAAGAGGCAAAUUAAAAGGCGCUCGAAUACAAUUCCUAAUUACGAGUUUGUUUUCUCAGCCUUCACAAUGAUUAAUUGUUGGGCUUUGGCCAUCUAUCCCUUGUGUGCGGGCUACGUUGCCUGAGGUAGAAAGAGAAGCUGAUAAGAAUCACCUUCACAGAGAGAGCCACCAGUCUGGACUCCAAUCACUGUAUUGAAAUUUGUGGACAGAUGGACAGUGCACAGCAAGGCAGAUAAGUCUGUCAAACUCCCAUCAAAGCAAUGCAAGAGAACAACUCUGUAACAAAGAUUAAUGUGGGCCUCGCCCUCCUCAAAUUAGGUGAUCAAUUAAUAUUCAAUUAGAAGUUCCAGUGUUUGUGGUUCUGAAUGAGCUUCAAAUGAGUCUACAUGUUGAAAAUCUGCACUUAUUUUAUUUUUUUUAACUAAACAGCUUUUUGAAUGCUGUCUGUAUUUUGUUUGUUCCAUUGGUAUAAUGUUCAUUUUUGGCUAAUUGAAUAAAAGGACUGCUUGCAGUACUAUUCA